GGGCUGAAAGUGUGGUGUAUGAAGCCAUUCUUGAUGGUAAAAAAGUUGCUGUUAAAAAACCCAUCUUGUCCACAUCUGAAGAUAUUGAUAAAUUCCAUAAAGAACUGCAAUUAUUGUGGAAGUAGCAAAUUCUGUCACUUGGAUAAGUAAAAGAACGAUAUCAAAACAAAGAAUGGCCUGAAAUGCCUCUCAACUAUCCUCCGUCUACCUUUCGGCUCCAAAUACCCUGACGUUAACCUUUUGGCCCCAAAUAGUACCUCUUGGAACAAAUUAUUUCUUGUAUGAAUGCCACAAGUUUAAGAAAAUUAAAUUUAAAAUGAUUGAAAAGAUCCCAAAAGAGAAAAGUGGAAGAGAGAGGAAAUGAAGGGGGUGGGCUAUGGAACUCAAAAUCAGGUCAAUCAUAUAAGUCCAUAUAUUGAUUAAUUUCAAAUUCUUUUAACGGAGAAGGACCUAAUAUACUCCUAAACUAUGAGAUUUGGUACAAUAUUUCCCUCCAUCCACCUUAGGAGUGUGAACCAUUAGACAUAAGGAUAUUUUCUAGCCAAAAGAUUGAGGUCAGGGGUAUCAUUGAGCCAAAAUAUUGAUGUCUAGGGUAUUUGGGGGGCGAAAAGGAGGACAGAGGAUUGUCUUGUACUACUUCAAAUAGCACAUUGGAUCAUUGGGGGAUAGCAAAGCUAGUGGGGGCACACGCCAAGCCGCCAAAUUACAUGUUUUUCUUUGAAUACUAUGAGUCUGGAAAUCUUGCCGGGAAAUUACACGUGGAUGAAUGGAGUCCAAGUAUCAGAGAGGCACUUGAAAUUGCAGCUCAUUUAGUGCUCUCGCCUUUUACAGCAAAGGCCUUACAGUACCUACAUAACCUUGGGAUUGUGCACAGAGACGUGAAACCAGCAAACAUUCUCCUUGAUAGACAGCUACAACCACAUCUCGCGGACUUUGGUUUGGCCGAAUACAAAAAAAAUCUCAAACUAGUUUCCACUGAAAACUGGAAAUCGACUGGCAAGCCUACUGGAGGUUUCCAUAAAAGGAAUAUGGUUGGUACACUUAUUUACAUGGCACCAGAGGUGCUGACGAAAGAGGUCCACACUGAAAAGUCUGAUGUAUAUAGCUUUGGAAUAACAGUGAAUGAACUUCUUACUGGCAUAGUUCCAUACACUGAUCUUCGUGCUGAGACACAGGCCCAUACGGUGCUUGAAAUGAACUACACUGAGCAGCAACUUACUGCAGCCGUUGUAUCUGAAGGCUUACGACCCGUUCUAGCUGACAUUCAAUCCAGCGCUCCAGCAAGUUUAGUCUCUUUGAUAGAAAGAUGUUGGGAUAAAGAUCCACAAAAUAGGCCUUCUUUUGAUGAUAUUGUCGUGGAACUUGAUUUCAUUCUGGAACAUGAUGUUGGAAGGGGCUGUAUGGAGAAGGCCUCAGGGGAAGCUUUUAUUUCUUCAAAUGGCGUCUAUGCUGCAAAUUUCCAAACCUAUCAGGAGAAUAUUAGCUGGUUCAGUCAAGGUAAAGACUUUAUGAAAAGAGUUCCUACUGCCCUUGCUGCUAGCACAUGGCUGGAUUCUUCAGAUGAUCAUAUCUAUAGUCCAGUUCUGUCUUGGGGUUCCUUUGCAUCAUGUGGGAGAAGGGAAACAAUGGAAGAUAGACACUUCCUUAUGCCUCAGUUGUGUGAUGAAAAGGAUAUUCACAUCUUUGCAAUCUUUGAUGGUCAUCGAGGUUCAGCAGCUGCUGAGUUUUCCUCUGGAGCUUUACCAGGAUUUUUGCAGAAUCUUGGUUCAGUUUGCAGUCCCUCUGAUGCGCUUUUUGAAGCAUUCAUAAAGACAGAUGUUGCAUUCAGGACACAACUUGAUUCUUCUCGCAAACGCAAGGGAGCAGUUCAGAAAGAUUGGCACCCUGGUUGUACUGCAAUAGCUGCUCUUAUCGUCAGAAACAAACUUAUUGUUGCUAAUGCUGGUGAUUGCAGAACAAUUCUGUGUCGAUCUGGGAUUCCAUAUGCUCUAAGUAGGGAUCAUGUUGCAAGUUGUCUUGAGGAGCGGGAACGUAUUAUCCGUGCAGGUGGCCUUGUCAAAUGGCAAGUGGAUACAUGGAGGGUGGGUGAUGCGGCUCUCCAGGUCACAAGGUCUAUUGGCGAUGAUGAUCUGAAGCCAGCUGUAACUGCAGAACCUGAGAUAACUUCGACUACUCUUUCUGCCGAGGAUGAAUACAUUGUAAUGGCAAGUGAUGGGCUUUGGGAUGUUGUUAGUGAGAAAGAUGUAGUGAACAUAAUCAGAGACACAGUGAAAGAAGCAGGAAUGUGUUCAAAGAGGUUAGCGACAGAAGCUGCGGAAAGAGGGAGCAAAGACAACAUAACUGUUAUUGUUAUUUUCUUGCGUCCAGUUUCCACAGCCGAGAGAAUCUAUUAGCUACCUCUGCUUACUUGCUGCUAUCAUCAUUCUUUGUAAAUCAAUUCGUCACUAACUUAUUUGGAUCAGUUGAGUAUCUGUGCUUUCAACUUCUCUUUUUGGAAAAAUCUUAAAAUACACAUAAGUAGUUGAUUAAUUACCUUAUCCAACGUUUUUUUUUCCAUAAUCUAAUUUACGUACCGGCUUUUUUUA